AUGGAUAAAGAUACAGUCUCACUUGUUGUCUUAUCUCAUGGAUUGUGGGGAGUCAAAAGUCAUAUGAGUUAUAUAGAAAAAAAACUGAAAGAAAAAUAUCGAGAUAGUAGUAUCUGUAUUUUGAAUUCAAGUAUAAAUGAAGCUAAAUAUACAUAUGAUGGUAUUGACAUUUGUGGUAUUCGACUUGCUAAUGAAAUUGAGUCAACUGUGGCCAGAUUUAGUAAGGAUGGUAAACAAGUCAAGAAAAUUAGUUUUAUCGGUUAUUCGCUAGGUGGACUCAUCACACGAUUUGCUAUUGGAGUCUUGGGGCAAAGAGGUGUUUUCAAGAGGAUAGAGCCACUUUACUUUAUUACAUUUGCUACUCCACAUUUGGGUGUUAGGCUACCUUCAUCGUCUGUUGUAUCAUCCUUCUUUAAUUUAGUGAGUGGAAAACUAGUAUCCAGAUCAGGUGAACAACUUCAAUUAAUAGACAACUAUCAACAUCAUGAACCAUUACUCGAAGUCAUGUCAGAUCCAGAUGGCGUUUAUUUCAAAUAUCUUUCUAUGUUUAAGGUACGAAGAAUAUAUGCGAAUAUUGCUAAUGAUCGUACUGUACCUUAUUGGACAGCUGGUAUAGAAUUGAUGGAUUAUUUUUAUAACAGUAAAGGAAAAUUGGACUUAACACUAGAUGAAGCUUAUAUUUCUGUUAUUACUGCCUUUGAUAUUCGUCAUUCAACUAAAAAAUCAAAUGGACAAAUGAAAGCCUUCAAGGAAAAGGAAAGGAAACCAUUAAAAACAGUGGCCUUAAAAUACACAUUUUAUUGUUUAUUUCCUAUAGCUGCGCCCUUAUUUGUCUUGAUAGCACUCUCUGUUCUCAGUUAUCAAGGAAUAAUAAGUCGAUAUCGAGCAUCACAACUACUUCAUAAACAACAACGAUUAUUAAAGGUAGAGGACAAGAAUGAAAGCGGACGACGCAAGUCAACAGCAACCGAUCAAAUUGUUCAUGGUGAAUUCUUAGCUGGCACACUAGAUGCAGUUAACUUAAUGCCUCCUGGAGAAGAAAAUGACAAUACUGUAUCAUCAUUGGAUGAUCAUCCUCAACAUAACCAUUACAACAAUGGCAACGUGUUUGGAUUUAUUUAA